AUGUCCGACAGGAUCGUUGACGAAGAACCAGUUAGCGUAACUCACACUGGGCCAAAGGGUGUCAUCAAUGACUGGCGUAAAUUUAAACUGGAGAGCAUGGACCAGGAGGCUUUACCUCCUAGCAAAAGAGAGCUGCUGAGACAGAUGUCUUCUCCCCAAAAACCUAAAGACACUUCAGUGGGUGGAUUAAAUCGCAAGAUGAGCGCCCAGGAGUAUGAACUGAUAAAAGAGGAUGAUGAAAAGAGCCUACGUAAGUACCGUAAGCAGUGCAUGCAAGAGAUGCAUGAACGCCUGAGCUUCGGGCCUAAAUUCGAGGGUGUGUAUGAGCUUGACGAUGGCGAGGCCUUUCUGGAGGUGAUCGAGAAGGAGCACCGUGUCACCGUGGUUGUGGUGCACAUCUAUAAGGAUGGAGUUCGGGGGUGUGAUGCGCUCAACAGUUGCCUGGAUUGUCUGGCCAGCGAAUACACAAGCGUUAAAUUUUGCCGCAUCAAUGCAGUCUCUACGGGAGCUGGCGAGCGUUUCUCAGAUGAGGUGCUGCCAGCAUUGUUGGUGUACAAAGCUGGAGAGCUUCUGGGAAACUUCCUGGCUAUUACACAGCAUUUUAACGAGGAAUUCUUUGCUACCGACGUAGAGGCUUUCCUUAACGAGUAUGGACUGCUUCCAGAGAAGGAGUUAAACCCUGGUGAUGAAGCAGAUGUGGAGUGA